GCCGCGGACGUGGCAGGGAGCGCGCGGGCGGGGCGCUGCCGUGUGGACACUUACGCUCUCGGGGUCCUGAGCGGGGGUCCGGCUCGCGCGGCGGGAGCAGUGAGACAGUUUAAGCGGAAGCACCUUACAGCCAUCGACUGCCAGCAUUUGGCUCGGAGUCACUUGGCUGUGACCCAGCCCUUCUGUCAAAGAUGGACCAACAGAGACCCGAACCAUGGUCUCUAUCCUAGACCCAGAACAAAAAGAGGGACUAGGGGCCAAGGAUGUCAAGGGUACAACACUGAGUUCUUCCCAGCCGCCCGGCAGCGGUGCAUCAAUGACAUGGCCAAAAGCAGUUCUGUGGGCCAGGACACCUCUAAGGACUCGGAGGGGGACAUGAUCUUUGCUGCAGAGAACCACUGUGCCCUGCCUCAGGAGGAAGAUGGAGAAGCAAGACUGGGCGUGGCAGGGUCCGCUCUGCCUGCAAGGAAGCGGUCUCGGUCCUUUGAGGACGACAGGAAUCAAGCUACAGGGGCCAGUCAGUGGGACGGGGUUUCUAGAAAGACUGCACGGCAUCGUUUGUCCCUGUUAGGCGCAAGACCCAGGGAAGCCAGGCAAGAAACUGAGGACUCUCUGUCAUGGCGCUCUGCGGAGUCCGGAGAACCCAGCCAGGAAGUGGAGGACGUUGGGCCUGAUCCCAUUCCUGACUCUUACUAUGGGCUUCUGGGGACCUUGCCUGGCCAGGAAGCCCAGAGCCACAUUUGGAGCCUGCCCAAUGAGGUCCUCCGGCACAUCUUCGCCUUCCUCCCCGUGGAGGAUCUCUACUGGAACGUGAGCCUCGUGUGCCACCUUUGGAGAGAUAUCAUCAGUGACCCACUGUUCAUUCCUUGGAAAAAGCUGUAUCAUCGCUACCUGAUGAAUGAGGAACAAGCUGUGAGCAAAGUGGACGGCAUCCUGCUGAGCUACGGGAUAGAGAAAGAGUCCGACUUGUGUGUGCUGAACCUCAUUCGCUAUGCAGCCACCAGUAAAUGCUCCCCCAGUGUGGACCCUGGACGGGCCCUGUGGAGUCUGAGGGAUCACCUCCUCCUUCCUGAGGCAGAGGCCUGCGUGCGUCAGCACCUCCCGGAUCUCUACGUGGCGGCCACGGGUGUCAACGUGUGGGCUCUGGUGGCGGCCAUCGUCCUCCUGUCCAGCAGCGUGAACGACAUCCGGCAGCUGCUCUUCUGCCUCCGGAGACCCAGCUCCACCGUGACGGUGCCGGACAUCACGGAGACGCUGUACUGCCUCGCCGUGCUCCUCUACGCCAUGAGGGAGAAGGGGAUCAACAUCAGCAACCGGAUCCACUACAACAUUUUCUAUUGCCUGUAUCUUCAGGAGAAUUCCUGUCCUCAGGCCAGAGAAGUUAAAGAGGAACCAUCGGUUUGGCCAGGCAAGAAAACCAUCCAGCUUACACAUGAACAGCAGCUGAUUCUGAGCCACAAGAUGGAACCUCUCCAGGUGGUAAAGAUCAUGGCGUUUGCAGGCACCGGGAAGACCUCUACGCUGGUCAAGUAUGCUGAAAAGUGGUCCCAGAGCAGGUUUCUGUACGUGACGUUCAACAAGAGCAUCGCAAAGCAGGCCGAGCUCGUCUUUCCCGCCAACGUCAUCUGCAAGACCUUCCAUUCCAUGGCCUAUGGGCACGUCGGGCGGAAGUACCAAUUAAAGAAGAAACUGAAUCUCUUCAAGUUGACCCCCUUCAUGGUCAAUUCUGUCCUUGCUGAAGGGAAAGGCGGAUUCAUACGGGCCAAGCUCGUCUGUAAGACCUUAGAGAACUUCUUCGCCUCGGCCGACGAAGAGCUCACUAUCGAUCACGUGCCGAUCUGGUGCAGGAACAGCCAAGGACAGAGAGUCAUGGUUGAACAGAGUGAAAAGCUGAACGGUGUCCUUGAAGCCAGCCGACUCUGGGACAACAUGCGGAAGUUGGGGGAAUGCAAAGAAGAGGCUUACCAAAUGACUCACGAUGGCUACUUGAAACUCUGGCAGCUGAGCAAGCCUCUGCUUGCCUCUUUUGACGCCAUCUUUGUGGACGAGGCCCAAGACUGUACCCCAGCUAUCAUGAACAUAGUUCUGUCUCAGCCAUGUGGGAAAAUCUUUGUAGGGGACCCACAUCAGCAGAUCUAUACCUUCCGUGGUGCAGUCAAUGCUCUGUUUACAGUCCCUCACACGCACGUCUUCUAUCUCACACAGAGUUUCCGAUUUGGCGUGGAAAUAGCGUACGUGGGAGCUACCAUCUUGGAUGUCUGCAAGCGAGUGAGGAAAAAGACUUUGGUUGGAGGAAACCAUCAGAGUGGCAUUAGAGGUGAUGCCAAGGGUCAGGUGGCCCUGUUGUCCCGGACCAAUGCCAACGUGUUUGAUGAGGCUGUGCGGGUGACGGAAGGGGAAGUCCCAGCGAGGAUCCAUCUGAUCGGGGGGAUUAAAUCAUUUGGAUUGGACAGAAUCAUUGAUAUCUGGAUCCUUCUUCAGCCGGAGGAAGAGCGGAAGAAACAGAACCUCGUUAUUAAGGACAGAUUCAUUAGAAGAUGGGUGCACAAAGAAGGCUUUAGUGGUUUCAAGAGGUAUGUGACGGCGGCCGAGGACAAGGAGCUGGAGGCCAAGAUUGCGGUCGUGGAGAAAUACAACACCAGGAUCCCAGACCUCGUGCGAAGGAUCGAGAGGUGCCACAUAGAAGACCUGGACUUCGCAGAGUACAUUUUGGGCACUGUGCACAAGGCCAAAGGCUUGGAGUUUGACACCGUGCACGUGUUGGAUGAUUUUGUGAAAGUGCCGUGUGCCAGGCACAACCUCGCGCAGCUGCCCCACUUCCGAGUCGAGUCGUUUUCUGAGGAUGAAUGGAAUUUACUGUAUGUUGCAGUAACCCGUGCCAAGAAGCGUCUCAUCAUGACCAAAUCCUUGGAGAACAUUCUGACUUUAGCUGGGGAGUACUUCCUGCAGGCGGAGCUGACCAGCGCCGUUUUGAAGACCGGAGUGGUGCGCUGCUGCGUGGGCCAGUGCAACAACGCCAUCCCCGUGGACACCGUGCUCACCCUGAGGAAGCUCCCCAUCACUUACAGCAACAGGAAGGAAAACAAGGGAGGCUACCUCUGCCACUCGUGUGCGGAGCAGCGCGUCGGGCCCUUGGCCUUCCUGACGGCCUCCCCCGAGCAGGUGCACGCCAUGGAACGCACCGUCGAGAACAUAGUGCUUCCCAGACACGAAGCCCUGCUCUUCCUGGUCUUCUGACAGCCGAGAGGCGCUUUCUCCCUGGUACCGAAUGCCUUGUGUGGACUCGAGUUGCCUGAAGAAAGCCCGUGCGGGGUAGGGUCGUCACUCACCCGGGACUCUGAAUUCACGCACAGGGCAUCUUCGGAGGAGGACGAAGCCAACGAGAGCUGGACGUGCCGUUUCUCCAUUCCCUGUAGGUAGCCAGUUUCUGCUGCCCCUGCUCUCUGCACAUCAGGCUGGGGCACGGGGGAUGUUCUUUUGAUAAAAAAAAACAUUUUAUGUAUUUAAACUUUUAUUACAAGGUUUCAAUUAAACAGGCACUGUAGCACUGGCGUA